CAAGUGGAACUCGCUAACGAUUACAAGGGCUUUCACGUAGGAGAUCAUUUACCCGCGAAAUUGCGAUGGCCUGUGGGACGACCGCAGAAUUUGGACAACGCCAUCUUCGUGAAGAAAUCUCUUUUGGUGGAAGUGGAGGAAGACGAGAUUAGUUGUAAGGCGGGGGACCCUUUUGCUAAACUACAAGAACAAGAAGGUAAGAAAGACCAGCAUGAUAAAGAAGGUGUCGUGUCACCUGCAGCUGCGACCACGACGACGAAUGAAGCAGUAGAAGAAGAAACUUGUUCACCAACUUCUUUAUCUUAAGGCUUGAAGAAAUUCAUCUUCCCCAGCAUCUUCUUUUCUUUUUGAAGGGAAAACUGGCACGAUGAUGCUCACCAAGAUGGAUUUCUGCAAGGUCUAAUUAUCUACUCGAAGAAGAGGGAGCUUGCCGUUGCCAAGUGGUUUUGGUAGAGACCACGAGACUUCCACUUCUAGGCGACAAAGCGAAGUUUCUGAGGACGCGGUAGCCAGCAAGAGGAUAUCAACAUGCUCAUCUUCUGGUACUGGACUCUCUGACAGCAAGCAAGACCAGAGCUAUAUUAAAU